UUCAUUGUGAUCAGCCAGUUGAAGAAACAAGAACAACUAGCAAAAUGUCUCAUGAUGGAAUGUCCAGAGAAGAAUAUGAGGAGUAUCAGAAGCAGAUGGUGGACGAAAAAAUGGAGAGAGAUGCAGAAUAUGCUACAAGAAAGGCAGAAAGGGCUUGUCUGAGGACUUGUUUAAGAGAAAAAUAUCGAAUUCCAAAGGCCGGAGAUGACAUUGACGUGCCAGAAGAACUGAUCAAGAUGGUGGAUGGAGAGGCGCCACAGGAGGAGGAAAAGGAGUCCAUCAUGGGUCAAAUGCAGAACCUUCAGAACAUGGAUAUGGGGCAGCUCAAAGAAAAGGCUCAGGCCACAUUUGUGGAGAUGAAAUCCAAGGCUGAGGAGAAGUGCACUCUUGUGUAAUGUGUAGAGGAAGUCAAAGUCAUCUAGUUGUCUAACGUCUUGAUGACACGCAUUUGCUUAUGCAGUGAAACGAUUAAGUUUCCAUUUCCUGAGAAAUAUUGAUCACACAAGAGAUGAAU